AUGAGUGCCCCAAUCACCGGGGAAAUCCUUGACCUGGGUGGAGAUGCAGCGCCAAUCACUUGGGAAGAUGCCCUUGCAAAAGCUAAGGCUAUCGGAGAGCCGAUUAUUCGCGCUGCGCGCCAGAGAAACGUCAGAGAGCAGGAGGACAACGCAUGCAAUGAGAUUCUACCUAUUCUUCGGCGCGGCCCUGGAGCUCACCGCAACUCCGACGCUUACAGAUCUUUUCAUCAGCCCCUGGAAGCCGAGGGUGUGGAAGCAGCACACCCGUGGUUGAUUGUGCCGCCUACUUCCAUCCCCGACAAGGGCUACAUCGAACCAGAUCCUGAAGUGAAUUGGCGUGCUGCAAGUGGGACUGAUGAGAAGUUCUUGUCUCAGUGGAAGAAGUACGAAGAGUCCCCCUCCUGCUGGCCACAGCUCAACUCGAAAGGUUACAAUAGCUACACACUGGGUUCCGAGCCCGAUGAGAACUGGGAUUACACGCCCCAAGGUUUUCCAACAACUGUGAGCAACCCUCCUGGAUACGUGCAGCACGACUUUGGGUGCAAUUGGCACUUUUCGUCAACACAUUCCUGGAAUCGGGAGGGUUAUCUUGAGUGUUUCUGGAAAUGGCUGCUCAAGAUUCCUAUGCAGGCUAAUGUCGUCAACAUCUACCAUAAGCCGUUCUACGAUGGCACUGCAGUCCCCGAUGGUGGGUACUCUCUCAUGAUUCAGGAUAUCGAGCACCUUCCUACUCCACGAGACGAAAAAGAUGAGGAAACUCGCCUUCACUGGCAUGAGACCUCAAACAGCUUUAUCCUCAAUAUGCAGUGUCUUGAAAUGGAGAAUAUGGGAUUCAGAGACUUGCAGUUCCAGGCUCUUGCCGAGAAAAAGGCAAAUAAGCAGUUUCCGCUUAAGGGCGCGGAUUGGCAAACGAUCGAAGCGUUCCGCGAGAUGUCUAAUCCAGCCCGCGCCAGCGCCUACCUACGCCCCGUCAAAUCCAGUGACGUCCCUGCUCUUCACCGAAUCUUCAAGUGGUAUGCCGCAAAUUCUUUCGUCAGCCCAUAUGAAGAUCCCAUGAGUCAAUCCACUGUGACAGAGAUCGUCAAAAGGUGCCGCAAAGAUAACCUCCCCUUCAUUGUAGCCGUCCCGCCAGACGAUGACAAGACUGAUAACAUUGAGGACAUCGUCGGAUUCGCCUACAUCAGAAGGGUUAGUGAGCUGGAUGUCGACAAGUGGACAGGUGAGCUACAGGUGUUCGUAUCCCCCAACGCCACCCACAAACACAUUGGCUGGUCAUUGAUCCAUAUGAUCUUAUCUAUUGUUGAUAUCAAGCACCCUCGAGGUAGUCCUUGUUACGAGUGGAAGCCCACGUUGGAAGUUCCGUAUUACCAAGGAAGUAUGCAUCCAAUGCAUACCCUUCUUGUGGUACUUUCACACCCUUCCAAUGAGGAUAAGUCGUAUGACUGGCUCCGAGAGUGGUUACAGCGUGAGUUCAAGUUCAAAGAGCAGGGUGUGUUGAAGGGAAUCAGAAUGAAGAACUCUACUUGGAUGGAUGCCCACUAUCUGGCUCGUAUUAUUCGGCCUUCUAUGGAGUCCAUGGUUCGUGAGUCCGCAAGCUAA